AUGAUUGUUGACUUUGAUCUCAGAUCGGACUACGUUCAAAUUAUUAAUGGCAAGAGUUCGCCUACAUCGGCCACUCGGCAUGGCUUGAACCCAGCUACCUUGGAGGAACUUCCAGAAGUACCGGUUGCAACACCAGAAGAUCUGGACCGUGCCACUGAUGCCGCGAAAGCUGCUUUCAAGAUCUGGUCUACUACACCAUAUGAGGACCGAAAGAAGGCCGUGUUGGCUUACGCCGAUGCUAUUGAGCAAUACAGCGAUCAGUUCCGAGAUCUCUUGAUCACCGAACAAGGCAAGCCGAUUUUCCAGGCGACCAUUGAGACCGAGAGCGCCAUCAAUUGGAUUAGAGGAAUGGCAAGCCUCCCACUGCUCGAAGACGUUAUUGAAGAUGAUGAAUCGAAGACCGUGAUAACAAGAUAUGUUCCUAUCGGCGUCGUCGGUGCUAUCGUCCCUUGGAACUUUCCCCUGUUGCUUGCAACUGGAAAAAUAGCGCCCGCUCUAUUGACUGGCAACGUCAUUAUUGUGAAGCCUUCGCCAUUUACUCCAUACGGCGGUUUGAAGCUUGUCGAGUUGGCCCAGAAAUUCUUUCCUCCGGGUGUUGUGCAGUCUUUGAGUGGUGAUGAUCACCUGGGACCCUGGAUCACAAGCCACCCUGAUAUAGAUAAGAUCAGCUUCACUGGCUCAACCGCCACUGGAAAGAAAGUACUGCAGAGUGCUAGCCGCACGCUGAAGCGUGUGACUCUUGAGCUCGGCGGUAAUGAUCCUGCCAUUGUGUUCCCCGACGUCGAUAUAGAAAAGGUGGCCGAGAAGGUCGCAUUCUUUGCAUUCUUGAACUCAGGGCAAAUCUGCCUCAAUUUGAAGCGUAUUUAUGUGCAUAGCUCCAUCUUCGAACAGUUUAAGGACGCCUUGGUCCGCCAGGUCAAGUCAUACACUCUCGGCGAUGGUUCCAAAGAUGGAAUCAGCCACGGGCCUCUUCAAAAUAGCAUGCAAUACGCGCGUGUAAAGACAUUUUUCGAUGAAAUCGAAAAGCAAGCCUGGAAGGUUGCCGUAGGGGGUCAGAUUGAGCCCUCGACUGGAUACAUGGUCACUCCCACAAUUAUCGACCGACCGCCUGAUAACUCCAGCAUCGUAGUUGAAGAGCCAUUUGGCCCGAUUGUGCCUCUUAUGUCAUGGGACGAUGAGGCUGAAGUUAUCGAACGUGCUAAUAACUCUGAUAUGGGACUUGGCGCAUCCAUCUGGACUGCUGAUCUGGACCGCGCAGCGCGAGUUGCACGUCAAAUUCAAGCUGGUACAGUUUGGACUAAUGAUCACUUUAAUCUCAGUCCCACCAUUCCUUUUGGCGGUCAUAAAGAGAGUGGCGUUGGUGUAGAGUGGGGUCUCAAUGGGCUGAAAGGUUUUUGCAAUGUGCAGACCCUUUUCUUGAAGAAGAGCGUCUGA